AUGAUCGAAGAAUCAGCCCAAGAAGCCUCCGUAGUAGGAAUUAAGUGCAUCUUAGACUGGAUCGCACCUACUUAUCACCCUGCCGCAAUAAAAUCCGCCCUCGAGUCCAGCGCGAUGGCUGGGAACGUCGACGUGUUCCGAUAUCUGCUACCCCUAAACCCUGAUCCUUAUGUCGGUAAGGAUGUGCUUUAUUUUGCUGUGGAAGGGGGUGUUCCAAUUUGGGAGGCUUUACUAGAGUUUAAUCAUGAUAUCAUGAACUGGGGUAUUGGACAUUAUGGGGAUGUGUUGGGAGUGGCGUUGCAUAUGGGGCGGGGUGACCUUGUGGCAUUCUUCUUGGAGCGAGGGAUUGAUAUAUCGCAAAGUUCAUUUAUGGGGAUGCCUAUCUUGCCUUUUGCGAAGAGGACUAAAGGGGUUACGCAAGAGACAAUUGAUCUUUUGGUAAAGUAUGGCGCGAAGGAGGAUUGA